CCAGCCCGAUCGUCACACCAGCCUCCACCAGCACCGCCAGCAUGUUCUCCACAACGCUUAAAGCAAUCUUACUUUUUAAUCAGUUCUAUUCAGCCUGGAGUUUCUGCGUGACCGGGUGCUCGUGCACUGAAGAUGGCGCCGGACGAUCAUUAUUAUGUAUGGAACCUGCCUUAGGAUCCAUUCCCGAGAAUCUCCCUGGAGAUUUGACCAAAAUCCGAAUUGAAAAUUCGCACCUCACAGAAAUACCCCAAAGGGCUUUUUACACAGCCAGUGCAUUGGAGUCGCUGUGGCUGAACUUUAACACCAUCACGCUGAUGCACAUUAAGAGCCUUGAAGGCCUGUCUAACCUGACCGAACUCCGACUGGAGGGAAAUAAACUAAGAACAAUUCCGUGGAUGGCUUUUGCGGAAACACCCAAACUUAAAAUCUUGGAUCUGAAGCACAACCGUUUGGACGUGCUGCCAGAAUUCGCCUUACGCCACCUUCCCACACUGACCUAUUUGGAUUUAUCCUUCAAUCAGCUUACAGUGAUAUCCCCGGAUGUUUUUCUCAACUGUCCUCGCUAUCAGGUACAAAAGCACAGCAGGAGGAAGGAGAGUGAUGCUAAUGUUGUAUUAGCGUUGCAUGAUAACCACUGGCUAUGCGACUGCAGGCUCAAAGGCUUUGUUGACUUUGUCAAAUCCAUCAGUCCACCCAUCAUUUUGAUGAACUCGUACCUAUCCUGUUCUGGUCCUAAAUCUAAAGCCGGGAAGUUUUUUCAUGAAGUUGAACUGAGGAAUUGUCUGAAGCCAGAGAUUUCGAUGCCUGAUACUAACGUCACGGUGGCGCUAGGUUCAAAUACAACUCUGAGGUGUUUUGUGAAGGCGAGGCCUGACGCAGUGGUUCGGUGGAGCUACAGUCUAAAAGUCAUCAGAAGAUUCACAGUUUCUCAGUCUCAGAUGAAUGAAGAUACAAUCAUCUCAGCUUUAGUGAUUCCAUCUGUACGAUCAUCUGAUCACGGACUCUACAAAUGCAGUGCCAGCAACUUCGUUGGAAAUUCCUCUGUUAGCAUCCAGCUCAACAUCUUGUUCUCCAACGCUUCAUUUGUGAUGUCCCCAGACCUUCCUUUGCCCUCGGUUAACGAAAACAUUUUCAUCGAUAUACGAAUCGCCAAGCAGACUGUGUACGGUAUAACCAUCGAGUGGUAUGCGGCGACAGAAAACCCUUCAGAAACAUGGUUCACUGUCCAUUUCGGUCGUUACAAUUCUUCAAAAAAAGAGGCUCUGUACAUCGGCCCAGGCAUCAACAAGUACUCCAUGAACGAUCUCGAACCGGCUACAAAAUAUGAGGUGUGCGUGUCACAAAAGAAUCAGCCACCCCGUCCCGAGCAGUGUAUUGUUUUCGUCACAGGAAGCAGUACCAAUGAACUGGAGCAACGUGAACGACUUAUCCACAUCAUUGUCAUCGUAUGCGCCAUGGUUCUAGCGGUUCCUGCAGGCAUGUUCGCCUGCACCACCAACACCAGGAUUAGCUGCUUGGAUCGCUGCGCUGAGGUCUGCAGUAGAAAUCGGGAAAAGAGAGAAGCAAAGGACUCACAGGAAAAUGACAGGCAGGGGACGUUCGACAGUCUCCAGGCGGCCAGUGACGAAGGACUCUACAGAGAUUCGGGAAAAGAGAAGAAAUGGAGACGCCGCUCGGAAGAUAAAGUGCAGAAGGGUAACAGCGCACAGCUCUACUAACCAGCGUGGUGAUUUUACGGUGUGAUUUUACACAAACUGACUCAAGUUUAAAGUUGUAAAGAGUCCAGUUACAGAGUACUGAACCAAACGCUAAUGACCCUCUUAAUGGGCAUGGCCUAAUAUUCUAAAAAGGACUCUUUUAUAGGACAUUAUAAGCAAAGUAUUUUAUGAAGUUCUUACAUCCACCAACACACCCGAUCAGUGCGCUUGUUGCGCUUGCUUGAUUAUCUUUUACUUGCUAGCUUAUGUUGGUGAAACAUCUGCCUCAUUAUUGGUGAGAAAGCUCAACCCAAUAUUAGUCCCACCCACUUUCCCACUAACAGACAGGACGAUGUAGAUCUUUGGAGAACUGUGUGACACAUAAAGAAGUGCUGAAUUUGAAUAAAUAGUUAAUUAAAGUUAAAAGGAAAGUCAUAAACUUAAUGUUUUUCUUGUUGCUUGUUUUUGUUUAUUUAUGUUUAUUAUAUCUCUUUGUGCUAAAACAUGAUGUCGCUCUAUAGACUGGGUUUUAUUUCCAUAAAAACCUUCAUAAUAAAGUUGGAGGCUUUUGGAUUUUAUAUGUAAGAAAAUUUUUAAAUUAUAUCAUAUUUAAUCUACUAUUUAAUAAACACUUGUUUUUGA